AUGGCAACACUUAUUACAACUAUUGUUCCACACAUUUAUAUUGAUUUUAUAGUAUAUUUUCAAAAUAACCAUUAUAAUAUUAGCCACAUACCAUAUAACACACAAAGAAUAACGACCAAAUCAAGAGUGUUAGCAGAAAUAGAGAGAUCAAACAAUCCUCAUUAUCAUAAUGACCCAGAACUCAAAGGAAUAAUUGACAAAUUGAACGAAGAAGCGAUCAAAAAAUAUCAACAAACUUAUGAUCCAUAUGAACAAUUACAAGACGUGGUUGAAAAAAACGGAACAAAAACUAUGAGUGGACAUAUGGCAGAACCUAUGUCAACCAUAGAGAAAGAAUUAUUGGAAAUAUAUGAAGAAAUGUUUGGGGAAAAAUAUGGUACUAUAUUAAACCCUGGUAUAAACUGCAAUCAAAAUGAUAAAUCUUGUGAAUGUCCAAAUGAUAAGAAAACAUGUGACAAAUUAUUUUUAUCAAAUAAAGAACAUGAUAAAUAUUUAUAUAAUUUAAAAAAAGGUUGUGUUGGAGCUGUACAUACAUGUGCACGUUCGUCUAUAAUUACAAGGAAUUUUGGUAUCUCUGCAGCUGCUGAUACUACAGGUCUUGUUGCUACUAACGAUAUUGCUACUUUAAUAGCGGCCAUUAAAACUGGUGCUACUAGUGCAGCCUUUUUUUCUUAUGGUACGGCAAUUGUUGCUCUAAUUCCCGUAAUUAUUAUAGUCAUACUUUUAUAUAUAUGGUUAUAUAGAAGAAGAAAAACUACAUGGAAACAUGAAUGCAAGAAACAUUUAUGUACCUAA